CCCUCCCUCCCUCUCUCUCUCUCUCUCCCCACCUCCUCCUUUUCUGUCAGUCCUUUUGGAUCAGAUCUCGGAGGGACUUGCCUCCUCCGGCCAUUGCAAGGGGUUGCUGUUGCUGUCAGGAAGAGGAGGAGGAGAUAAACAAACACAACACAACAACAUGAAGGGGAAGUUUGAAUGAUGUGAUUGAAAUUUGGUGCAUACAUGCCAUGAUUUGCUACAAAUGGCUUAAUUUAUGGAGACCAAAGGCUAUCGCAGUUAUCCUGAAAGCUUAGAUAUGGAGAGACGCUGGAGUCAAGGUUCCCAGUCUAUGGAGUAUACUUCUGCAGGAGCAGAAGAGCCAACUGAAGAAAGAAACAACUAUAUGGAGAUUGUCAACGUGAGCUGCGUAUCUGGUGCUUUUCCAAACAACAGUGCUCAAGGAAGCAACAAAGAAAAAUCUGAACUACUUUCUUGCCUACAGCAAGAUCACAAUCAGCCUGGAAUUUCAGUCUCUGACAUAAAAACUGAACCAGACUCGAAGGAACUUUCUGCAACAGUAGCUGAAUCAAUGGGUUUGUACAUGGAUUCUGUAAGAGAUGCUGAUUUUACCUAUGAUCAGCAAAAUCAACAAGGAAGCCUAAACGCGGGAAAGAUGUAUCAAAAUGUUGAGCAACUGGUAAAGCUAUACAAGGAGAAUGGCCACCAUACCUCUCCCUUGAACUCCUCAAGCAGGCCCUUGAGACCCUCCAUAGACUGUGCAAACUCUAUGAAUGGCAGCAUCAUGCCUCCAAUCAUGAAGAGCCCUAGAGUAACUCAAGAGAAGAGUCCUCCUGACUGUAGUCCUCAAAGUAUGACUUCUUCGGUGUGCAGCCCUCCUGGAAUUAAUUCUGUGUCUUCAACUACACCCACUAACUUUGGAAAUUUCACAGUCAGCAGUCCAGUCAACCAGGGAACACCUUUGUCAUGCUCACCCAACAUUGAAAACCGGGGCUCGAUGUUGCACAGUCCUCCACAUGCUAGCAAUAUGGGGUCUCCUCUUUCUAGUCCUAUAAGUAGCAUGAAAUCACCAAUUUCAAGCCCUCCUAGUCACUGUAGUGUGAAAUCUCCAGUUUCAAGUCCUAAUAAUAUUACCAUGAGAUCCUCUGUAUCCAGUCCUGCAAAUAUGAACUCAAGGUGCUCUAUUGCCAGCCCUUCCAAUGCCAAUAAUAGAUCCACUCUUUCUAGCCCGGCUGUUAGUACUGUAGGGUCCUCUAUGUGUAGUCCGGCAAAUGGUGCACUAUCUUUUCCUGCAUCUAGCACACCUGUUGGACCUGGCACAGGCCAAGACAUUGUUUCUAGUCCAGAUACAAAGGACAUAAAAGGUGCUCCACAACUUCUAUUUCCUAAAACAGAGGAAAUAGAAAAUGCCAUCUCUAACAAUGAAGUAGCUAAUCAAAUGAAUCUCGUUCGGUUCAUAAAGCCUGAACCAGAUGGGGUGUUCAGCAGCUCCUGUCUUGGAGAAAACAGCAAAAUCCAUUCUGAGCCCCCAUUUUCAGUAUCAAUAAAGCAAGAAUCAGCUAAACAUUCUUGUUCUGGUGCUCCUUUUAAAGGGAAUCAAACUGUAAAUCCAUUUCCAUUUAUGGAUGGGUCAUAUUUUUCUUUCAUGGAUGAUAAAGACUACUAUUCUCUAUCUGGGAUUUUAGGACCACCUAUUUCAUCAUUUGAUGACAGAUGUGAAAACAGUGCAUUUCCAAACCCAGGCCUAUCUGUAGGAAUUAAGCAGGAGCCUGAGGAGAGCAGCUAUUAUCAAGAGAACACUCUGCCAUCCUCCGCCAUUGUUGGUGUGAAUUCAAGUGGACAGUCAUUUCACUACAGGAUUGGAGCUCAAGGCAGAAUAUCUCUAUCGCGGCCUCUUGGUAGAGAGCAGUCUUUUCAGCACAUGAGCUCUUUUCCUUCAGUAAGUACUCUAGUGGAGUCAUGGAAAUCACAUUCUGAACUGUCUGCCAGAAGAAAUGAUGGGUAUCCAGUUCUAGAAUACAUUCCAGAAAAUGUGUCAAGCUCCACAUUAAGAAGUGUCUCCUCUGGAUCCUCAAGACCUUCCAAAGUGUGCUUGGUGUGCGGGGAUGAGGCAUCUGGAUGCCAUUAUGGAGUAGUUACUUGCGGCAGCUGUAAAGUCUUUUUCAAGAGAGCCGUGGAAGGUAAAUCCUCAUGGCAGCACAACUAUUUAUGUGCAGGACGGAAUGACUGCAUAAUUGAUAAGAUUCGAAGAAAAAACUGUCCAGCUUGCCGAUUACAGAAAUGUCUCCAAGCUGGAAUGAACUUGGGAGCUCGGAAGUCCAAAAAGCUGGGCAAGUUAAAAGGAAUCCACGAAGAACCGCAGCAGCAGCAGCAACCACCUCCCCAAAGUCCAGAAGAAGGCACUACCUAUAUUGCUCCAUCCAAGGAACCUUCUGUAAACACAGCCCUCGUUCCUCACUUGUCUGCCGUUUCACCAGCAUUAACUCCCUCGCCUGCCAUGGUCCUAGAGAACAUUGAACCUGAAAUUGUAUAUGCAGGAUAUGAUAGCUCAAAGCCAGAUACAGCAGAACAUCUACUCUCCACUUUAAACCGUCUUGCUGGAAAGCAGAUGAUUCAGGUGGUAAAAUGGGCAAAGAUACUUCCAGGUUUCAGAAACUUGCCUCUUGAGGACCAAAUUACUCUAAUCCAGUAUUCUUGGAUGUGCUUAUCAUCAUUUGCCUUGAGCUGGAGAUCAUACAGGCAUACAAACAGCCAGUUCCUCUAUUUCGCUCCUGAUUUAGUCUUUAAUGAAGAAAGGAUGCGCCAGUCUGCAAUGUUUGAAUUGUGCCAGGGGAUGCACCAGAUUAGCCUUCAAUUUGUUCGCUUGCAACUUAGCUUUGAAGAAUAUACCAUAAUGAAAGUUUUGCUGCUGUUAAGCACAGUUCCCAAGGAUGGCCUCAAGAGCCAAGCUGCAUUUGAAGAAAUGAGGGCAAAUUAUAUUAAAGAACUAAGGAAGAUGGUCACAAAGCAUCCAAACAGUUCUGGGCAAAGUUGGCAGCGGUUUUACCAACUGACAAAGCUCCUGGACUCCAUUCAUGAUCUUGUUAGCGAUUUGUUGGAAUUCUGUUUCUACACCUUCCGAGAGUCACAAGCCCUGAAAGUGGAGUUUCCAGCCAUGUUGGUAGAAAUUAUCAGUGACCAGUUGCCCAAAGUGGAAUCUGGGAAUGCCAAGCCCCUCUACUUCCACAGGAAGUGACUGAAAAUGUCUUAAUGGGAGAAAAAAGAACUUUGCCUUAAGUUUCCCUGUGCUAUUCCACAUCCUUGAAGGACCCAAGAAACCACCUUUGAAAUAUGCUGUACAAAAUUGUUCAAGAAUUUGAAUGGUCUGGAAAUCAUAGGAAGGGUUUGGAGGACAGAAGAACAUCUUAUCUGAACUUGGUGAGACAAAGUCGUAACGAUAUUUUGAGAACCAUUGCCCUGAACCCCCAACAUGUAGACAAAAACGAUCCUGUUCCUCUGGAUGAAAAGCCAUAUCUAGUCAAAUAACUCUUUGAUUUUGAUAUUAUAAGAAAUGAACAUUUUAAAUAUGCCAUGUAGUUUCUGGUAUUGUUUGCUUGUUUUCAAAGGGUUCAAGGACUAAUAUGAACUUUUUAAAAGCUUACCAUUGGUUUGCACAUAAAACAAAAGUAAAUAUGGGGCAUUAAUUCUUGUACUAUACAUACACACACACAUAAACACACAGAUCCCUGGAUGUGUAAAAUAUAAUGGAGCGUUUGAUGUGGAAUAAUCUUGGUAUAUUCGCCUGCGGCAUUUGUUAUCCCAUUUUAUCCAUCAUAGAUGAACUACACUGUGUUAAGUGUUCAUUUAUUAUUUAACUUGAAAGGAUAAGAUGUUAAAACAAAUGCCACAGUUAAAAUUUAUAGUAUAUAUUGUGCUGGCUUUACCAAUAAUUUUUGCAGUCUUUUGCUGUACUGUACAUUGCUGUAUGUAUAAAUUGAAGGACCUGAAAAAAAAAUGGUAUAAGGAACUUUUGUAAAUGAGACCUAAAAAUCUUUAAUGGUUAAUAGGAUGAACGGGAAGAGUAUUUUUGGAAGAAUUCUAUUUUGCUGGAGACUAUUUAAUUACUCUUUUUGUCUAAACACAAGGUAAUUUUUUUUUGUAAAGUGAAUUGUUCUGCAUGCAUAAUGAACCGUUUACAGUGUAUUUAAGAAAGGGAAAGCUGUGCCUUUUUAGUAUCAUAUCUAAUUUACCAACUGACAGUCUGUUGUAAAUAACCACCCAUAACCAUUUUCAGUUGAACCUCUCCUUUUCUGUCCGUUUUCAUCUAUGUCCUUUUUCUGAUUCUGUUUUUAUCUGUUGCUUUUACUAUUUUAGCACAUUUGAGUUCUGUUUUAUGCCUCGGAACUUGAAAAAUGUAACUUUUUUAAAGCUCUGUCCAUGCCUCUAGCUACGUUUCCAAGCUUUAUGCACAUUUCACCUAUCAAGAAAAAUUACAGAGAGUUCAAUCCUCCAAGAUGUUGCCCUGUAGAAAUCACACUGGGGUAAAUGAAGCUGUGAAAGCAGAUGGCUGUCCAUUUAUUUCAGUGGUACUUGGUCCAGACAACUUUCUGGUGAAUUGUAUUCAGAAUCUCCUGAAAGAUGAGUCAGCCCCAUAAUGAAGUGAGAUUUCAGCUGCCAACCUGUUCAAUUCAGAAGCUACAAUCCAGCACACAUAAGCUAAAGCCCCAUACUCACCGUACUGGGAGUUAACCUAAGCAAACUUGGAUCUUACAUUUGAGUACUGUAUAUGGGACUUAAUGUUGCAACUUUCUAUGUCCCUGCUUUUUGGACAGCAGAGAAAGCUAAAAAUCUGUGCCCCUCUCUUUCUUUUUAAUCUGGAAUGUAUGUGAACCACAAAAAAGUGAAUUAUUAAUAUGAACUAUAGAUCUGAAUGUGGAAGUUUGAGAAAAAAACAGGCAAAUUUGUCAUUGUAUAAUAAGUGUGGAAAAGAAGAGUACUACAGUACUGACAAACUUGGAGAAAAUAAUUUGGAGACAAAUUUGUAUGAAGGUUACGUUCUAUUGAUUUCAAAACAAUUUCCAUGUAACUAUGCCUUGGAUUGCCAUCUUGGCUAGUAAGCCAAAGAACAUUCUGAAAACAGUCCUUACAUACAACAAAUACUGCCAGGAGCCUUGAAAUAUGGAUUUCUCUAAAAGUUAUCAUAGGUAAAGGUUUCCCCUGACAUUAGGGUCUAGUCGUGCCUGACUCUGGGGGGUGGUGCUCAUCUCCAUUUCUAGGCUGAAGAGCCGGUGUUGUCCGUAGACACCUCCAUAGACUGCAUGGAGUACUGUUAUCUUCCAACUGAAGUGGUACCUAUUGAUCUACUCCAUUUGCAUGUUUUCAAACUGCUAGGUUGGCGGAAGCUGGGUCUAACAGCAGAAGCUCAUCCCGCUCCCCGGAUUUGAACUGCUGACCUUUCGGUCAGUAAGUUCAGCAGCUCAGUGAUUUUACCUGCUGCGCCAUCAUUAUAAAAUGAUAAUUAGAAAAAACAGAAUUAUAUAAACAAUAUGAACACCAGAGUAUAAAUUAUAAAGUAUUUUCCUAUGACCUUUGAAAUAUUAAAUACAAAUAUAAAGAGGAUUAUUGUCCAAGCUAAAAUUUGCAUAUUUUCAAGAAAAUUGAUACGUAUUGAAAACCGAAGUUGGAAUUCAAAUACAUUUAGUCAAGGUAUAAGCAUAGAUGGAGCAGAAUGAAGAACACCACCUCCCGGGCCAAACACAAGACCCCCCUUUGACAUAUCAUAAAUGCUUUUGGAAAGAGGUUUAAAAAAACAGUUUUCUGUACACCAUGGAGACUCAAGAAAUAAGUUUUUUGGAUCCUGAGUUCUCUGUAAUCACAAUGCAUUCAAGUUUCUUAAAUGUGAAUGUGUGUUUCCAUCUACUUUAGAUAAAAACAUGACCACUUGUCUUUUAAAAUCACAGAUCUCAUUAAAUCAAAAAUCUGUAUAAGGGUAUACUUAAACAAAAUCAAUAUUUAAAAUUACGGAAGGAUACAAUGGGUGGGAUCUUGACAAACCAAAUUGAACCUAGUCCAGUGGAUCUUAAGUCAUGGCUAUCUUGUCACACUGAUUUCCACUUAGUUUUGAUCCAACCUGUUGUAUACAUGUAUUGUUGAAGGCUUUCAUGGCCGGAAUCACUGGAUUGUUGUAAGUUUUUUUGAGUUGUAUGGCCAUGUUCGAGAAGCAUUCUCUCCUGAAGUUUUACCUGCAUCUAUGGCAGGCAUCCUCAGAGGUUGUGAGAAUGCCUGCCAUAGAUGCAGGUGAAACACCAGGAGAGAAUGCUUCUAGAACAUAGUCAUACAGCCCGAAAAACUUACAACAACCUAUUGUAUACAGUUUUGGAAAUCUAACAAAAACAUCAGCUCCUUUGAUCUGCACAGCAACAUGAAAGCUGCACUUGUAAAGUGGAAAAAAAAUACACAGCAUGCAGAGUGGUUGUUUAUAAAGUGGUUACAAAUCUCUCUUUCAUUUGCUUUUUUAAAAAAAUACCAAAAUUGGAAUUUCAAAUUAUCCAGGUUUGUGGUAAAUGCAGUAUGCUGGUUUUUUUUAUUAACAAGGUUACAUUUUUUCUAUCUCUUAGUAACUUUGCCUGAUUAAAAUAUUAAAGCCAUAUUCUUUUUUUAAAAAAAAUAUGUCCACUGUUAGAUGUCUGUCACGAUUCACUGUGUUGUCUGAUUGCUCUGAUUUCCGUACUUUAUUGCAUUUAAUCUUGGUUUGGUAAAAUUCAUAAUUCACAGAAAUGUCAUACGUACAACACUAAAUUAGUUUUAAAAUAAUUUAUAUCUUUAUGCAAAAUAUAUGUCUGUCUUUGCAAACAAUUGUAAGCAGAUUAUAAUAAACCCUUUCCUUUAAUCACCUGUUUUAUGAAACCAUUGAUUAUUACUUAGAAAUCACUGAAAUGAAAUUUUAAUGAACAAAGAAAGUAUCAGGAGUACAUUGUACUUUAGAAGGAAAUCGGCAUCUGUCUCCUGCAAAAUAAGAUAAAAAAACAUCGAUAUGUCAAAAUGGUAAAUUGUGUUGAUUGAGUGUAAUGAUUUUAUGGCAAUGACUGAAUGAAGAUAUACAGCAAAAAUAUUGUAUUCAUAAGUUUCAAAAUGUAAAAUAGUUUUAAUUUACUGCAGUGGGUAUUUCAAGAAUAAUAUUGCAUUGCAGUGUGUAACCACUUUGUUGCACAGAACAAAACUGAAAAAGGACUAAAAGCUUGCAAUAUCAAAAUCUUAAUAAAAUAUACUUUAUAAUCAAUAAUGCAAAAAUCUAAUUCACAGGGUGGUAUUUUCACUGACUUUUUAAAACAUUUAUGAAUUUGAAUCGUUCUACAUUUAAUGCACUUUUAACUGUCUAUUAAAAAUGUGAUAUUUUUGUUAGCGGGAAGGAGAGGGGAAGGGUUGGAUCCAAUCUCAUCUUGUAGGUGAAUGGCCUGAUAGGCAGCCAUGAUCAUGUCAGGAUAUUCAGAGAAACGUUUCGGAGUUGUGGAGGGGAAAAGCACCUUCACUGGGAACUUAGUACUUGUACAGGAGGAGUUCUUGGUGCAUUGUGUCCUAAUUAUAUUACUGGAUGAAAAAUAAAAAAAGCAGCUGGCACUAUGGUGUAAACAACAACAUCUAUGCAUAAUGAUGCAUUAAUAAUUAGGGGCUUGCUUCUGUAUGUUUAACUUUUUGAAUAAAUAGAAAAUUACUGUUUGGCCUUUA